GGACAGAUGUGUAGAGAGCUGGGUGUGUGUCACACUCACACUCACACACACACACACACCCCAUACUGAGCACAGCAGUCUUGACUUCAUUAACUGCAUGAACAUGGCGAGAGGACGGACAGUGAGAGUGGAAUGUGAGGGAGUGAGUGUGAUUCUGAUGAUGCUCCUCGCUGCUCUCCACCACACGGUGAAAGCGGAGGUGAGGAAGUUGGACAUGGCUCCUGAUGCAGUAGACGACGAUUUCUCGCAGUGUCGAGAGAAAAUGCUGAAGGCUGUUACUGAACCAGGCGGCCUGCUGCAGAAGGAGCUCAAGGCUAAUAAAGAGUUUGAGGAGCUGUGGAGUAAACACAGUGGAGAGUGCAAGAAGAACAUUCCUGGUGGAACAUCUUAUCACAUCGAUGCUCUACAGGCGUAUGGAAAUUCUAGGACUAAAUUUAGAAAAACUUUCAACAGUUUGGUUUAUAGCAAAGGCAGCAACAGCACGACCUACAGAGACGAAUUUCCCUUCAAGUCUCUUCACUUCCUCCUAACAGACUUCCUGCGUCUGCUGAAGCGUACAAACACCAGUACGACCGUGUACUACGCCACCAGUAACACCUACACAGCAGAUACGGGGACCGAGGUCCGAUUCGGAAAGUUCAUCAGAGCCGGAACCUCUCAGAGCACUGAAACUGAAGCGCUGUACGAUGGAGGCACCGUGUUUAUCAUCAGUUCCUGUUCUGUGGUUAAUGUUGAAGAGAACAUGUGUAAAUCUGAGGAACUCCAGGCUCUUAUUUCUCCAGCCGAGGUCUUCACAGUGCAGAACGUUAGAGAUGUUAGCACUGAUGAUGCCACAUAUAAAGAAAUCACUUUAACACACUCGCGCUUUCUCAGCAAUCAUACCUGCUCUUUCUUCCACAGGAACGCCGCGGAUGCCGAAUCCUCCACCUCUCUGACUUUUACACUUCUGGCGCUGACGGCCUCCUUGCUGAGUCACUUUACACUGAUGGAGUGACUCACGUGUUCAUCGACACGUUUAUAUCAAUUUAUUACAACAUUUUUAGUAGAGUUCUUUUCUCAUGACAUGUUUCAGUUCUCCUUUUAAUUUGAUCCAUGAUCAGAAGUACCGGGAGCAUUCUCGGGUAAUGACAGACAAAUAAAAAUCAGAUUACAGAAGUGUAAGAUAAUAAGGACCUCAUGUUUUAUUAUUAACACAGAAGUCCUGAGUCGUAGUGAUAACUCAAACGAACUGGUUCAGAUGUUAGAGCAGGGACACAAGAGGUGACGAAUCUCGAAAGGUCUCGAUGCCGGUGUGUCACAGAUUUGGAAAACACUGUUGCCCUGAUGAGUUUAAUACGACUUCAUGAUUACUGGUUUCUCUGACGUGAGUAGACAGGAAAUGUGAGAGAGAAGAAGGAAAGAGGGAAGUAACUGGUGAAGAGUUAUUUGAGUUUGCAUUUAAGGAACCUUAAAACUUUGUACCGCAUAUCUGAGCUGAUUUAUUUUUGUCUAUAGAUGUAUUUCAAACAGCACAAUUUAAAAAAAUUAGAAAUCCUCAUAUUUUCCUUCAGACGCUGUUUAUUACACAUAGGAGAAUGUUAAAUUAGCUGUGGAGGUGAAAUAUCAAGUCACUGAGAUACAUCUGUGGCUUCAUCUGUGGCUUCUGGAUCUUCUGUAUGAGUUACCUGAUCUUAUAUAAUAAGCUCUAGUUGUUUUUCUUGCUUUAGGUCAGUGGGUCUAUUUUAGUUCCAGAGGAUAAAUUAUAUUUCUGACGUGAGUCCUGCGUGUGUUUGUGUUCUGGUGAAAUCCACCCAGUGUAAGAGAAAGUGUAAUGAAUGAUUGGAAUGAAGGGGAUGACGUCAUGUGUGAUGUGUAAUACAAAGCUCUAAGCGCUUAAUUCUUUCCAGCUGUGUGAAGGAAGUGACACGGUAUGCCUGUUCAUUUUUCAGCUACUGAUGACUGAAUACAAGAGCAGAGAUUCUCAUCUUCUUCCCAUGUCCCAGUGGGCUUUUAUUACACAAUAAACUAAUUCUCAGAAAUGUGAGCGUGACUGGGAGAAGUGCUGAUGACUUUGAGAGACAGAUUGUGAAUCAGAUUUGUGUCAGGUUUUCCAUUUUAACUUUCUAACUAAACUCUGUAAUUCUUUGGAUCAGCUGUUAGGUUCCUGUUAUGAACAUUCCAGAAAAUUCCGGAAUCUGAAGAGUAAAAAAACUCAUGCUGUGGAAGUUGUGGUCUUUUUUGCUGUGCUGUCUGUGAAUUUUUUUGUGGAUUAUAAUUUUAAAAGACAAAGGCGCUACGACAGCGGGGUGUUUGCUGUGGGGUUUGGUGGUGUUGCGGUGUAGUUCUGGUUUCUGGAGUGGGAGGCUGCUGGUUCAAACCCAGCUUGGGUGCAGUGUGUUGGAUGGUGAAAUGUAGAAUGGGGAGUUACUGCGUCUGAGUUUUAUGACCUGAACGUGUGAUGUUUAGGUCAUGGUUACAUAAAUAAAGGUAAAAAGGUCUAUAAAAGAGGUUUCCUGUAUGAGAUCCUGUAGCUCAUGUGGAUGAGCGUCGCCUCUGGGUUGUGAGGUUGCUGGUUCAAACCCCAGCCAGGAUGAAAGGAUAAGAGCGUGGAAGGUUCAGGAAUCAGUGGAAGGCUGAUUGAUGCGGAAGGUGCAGGAUGGCCGGAGGGCGUGACCAAGGGGGGUAAUAUCCGGGCAUCUGCCCCCUGAGGCCCAGCAGUGGAGAGUAAGAGGGUUAUAGAACCUGAAGAGAAGGGUUGGACUUAGUUUUGCAUUAUAUAAAAAUUUUCUAUAAAAACCUAUGUCCAACCUUUCUCUUCAAGCUUCAUAACCUCUUUCUGCUCCUGCUCUGUGGGGAGCUGCCCUGCUACUCACCCCCAACCAGGUCACACCAUCCAUCCAUCACCCAGCCACUGAUUCCUGAACCAUCUACACCCAUAUCCUUGCAUCCUGGCUGGGGUUUGAACCAGCAAGCUCUCAACCCAGAGAGCGACUCUCAUCCACAUGAGCUACAGGAUCUCAUACAAGAAACCUGUUUUAUAGACCUUUUCACCUUCAUAUACGUAACCCUGCCCUAAAGGGUAAAGUAAACAGCACAGACUUGAACCAAUCAUAAACACAGGGCCGAGUUGGAUUCGAACCAGCAGCCCCUGAGCACGGGGUCAGAGACGUUACC